AUAAUAUUUAUUGAGGACAACAGUAUCUGUUUCAUCGAGGUGUCAUCAUGACACCGCUGUGAGUUUGUUAUGUUUGACCGAGCAACACAUUUCCGCUGGAGAAGGUCUGCCCUUUGGCAGAUUGUUGCCUUGCUCAGCCCAUCUGCCAUCGGGAGAGGCUAACAGUGAAGCAGCAUGUCCAGUGGGAAUGAGUCCUGUCUGUUUGAGAACGGAUCCAUCAGCCUCUUCCCCUGCCUGGUCCAUGUGUGGGAGGAGUGGGCAGGACUCGGGCAGAUCGAGGAUUAUCUCAACUUCCUGGAGUAUCUGGUCUGGGUUUUCACACCGCUAGUCGUGGUCUUCAUCCUGCCCUUUCUCAUAGUGAUUCUUCUCUAUCUGUCAAUACUUUUCCUCCAUGUGUACAAACGCAAGAACCAGCUGAGGGAAGCAUAUUCCAAUAACCUUUGGGAUGGAGCAAGGAAAACUCUGGCCACCCUGUGGGAUGGGCAUGGUGCUAUUUGGCAUGGUUAUGAAAUCCAUGGUUUAGACAAGAUUCCAGAUGAAGGACCUGCUCUCAUAGUCUAUUAUCACGGGGCGAUUCCUGUAGACUACUAUUAUUUCUUGGCAACAGUUAUCAUUCAGAAGGGAAGAACUUGUCAUUCAGUGGCUGAUCAUUUUCUCUUCAAGGUUCCAGGCUUUAAGCUCCUGUUGGAGGUGUUCAGUGUGAUCCACGGGCCACAGGAGGAGUGUGUGAAGGCUCUGCGGAACGGUCAUCUCCUGGGCAUCUCUCCUGGUGGAGUACGAGAGGCUCUGUUCAGCGACGAGACGUACCCUCUGCUUUGGGGCAAACGCAAAGGAUUUGCACAAGUGGCCAUUGACUCUAAAGUGCCAGUCAUACCAAUGUUUACGCAAAACUUGAGGGAGGGAUUUCGCUCUCUUGGAACAUUAAGAUUUUUCCGCUGGGUGUAUGAGAGGUUUCGUCUUCCAGUAGCACCCAUCUAUGGAGGAUUUCCAGUCAAAUUUCGCACUUUCUUGGGUGACCCAAUUCCAUACGACCCAAAACUCAAUGCAGCCGAGUUGGCUGAAAAGGUGCAACAAGCGGUUCAAGCACUUAUCGACAAACACCAGAAGAUACCUGGAAACAUCCUGCGCGCUCUUUUGGAGCGAUUCCAAAGGGAACAUAAAGAAGAUUAGCACACCUGCCUUCUCUCAGACUCAAGUCAAUAAAUAUGCGUCAAGCAUACUUCAAAUGAAUACUGAAGACUUUAUAAUAUCCUUAUACCAUGCAACUACGUUACUGAUACUAAAAUGGACAUAUCAGCACAUACUGCAGUGUUGCAUAUGGAGAUAAAAGGUGCGUGUCUUUAACGUCGGAUAUAGUGUUGUGCAUGUUGAAGGGUGUGUGUGUAUGUGUCUGUCUGUGUGUGUUGUUUUAAGUUGGAAUCAACAAUUUAUUUGCACACUUUGAUUUUAUUCAAAGGACCACUGCCAAAUUAGUCCGCAAAGCCUUUGUUUAGUGUUGUUUUCUUUUUUCUUUUUUAGAAAAAAGUUGCAUCCUCUCCUAAACAUUGAUAUUACUUUCUCAUCUGAAGGAAUUCUUUUAAACUUAUGCUUACUGUGAAUUUUUGUGAGCACAGUCAAUAAUAACAAUGACAGAUACAUGCUUGUUUGUUUGUUUGAUGUUGUAAUGACAGGUUUUAGUCUAAUAUAUCUCUGUAUUAGCUGUCAGACGUGAACUGCUGUCUAUAUAAAGAAAUAGUUUAAACUAAAAAUAUCAAAUGUUUGAUGUUAGGUGGAUUUUUUUUCUUCAGUAGAACAUUUGAUUGUUUGUUUGUUUUGGGGCUAAAACUGUGGUAAUUACACUGCAAAAAAUGCUUUUCUUAAUUCGAUUUUUUGUCUUGUUUCUAGUCCAAAUAUAUAAAAAAAAUCUUAUAUCAAGAAGCAUUUUCUAGGCAAGCAAAACUUAUUCUCUUGUUUUUAGAAAUAAUGUGGCAAUAGUUUUUUCCUUAAAACAAGCAAAAUAAUCUGCGAGUGGAGUAAGCAAAAUAAUCUUGUUUUUACUUUUGACAUAAGAUUAUUUUGCUUGCCCCAUUAGCAGAUUAUUUAGCUUGUUCUUAGGAGAAAAUCACAAAAUUUUGGCAAAUUAAUUCUGAAAACAAGACAAUAUGUUUUGCUUGUCUUGAAAAUUCCUCUUGAUUUAAGAAUUUUUUUGAUAUUUGGAUUAGAAACGAGACAAAAUCUAAGUAAGAAAAGCAUUUUCUGCAGUGUAGUGAUUCAUAAAAUUCAACAGUCAACCCACACUUUACACACACACAAACACUUGUAUAUAUGUUAGACGAGGACUCUCCAUAAAGGCAUAGUAUUUUCUACUGUAAAAAAACAUUUAUUAUAUGGCUUUACCGCAGUGUUUCUCAACAACGUACAUGGAGGACCACCAGCUCUGCACAUUUUCCAUGUGUCCUUAACCAAACACACCUGAUUCAGAUCAUCAGUUUAUUAGCAGAGACUGAAAGACCUUUAAUGUGUGUGACAGACAAAGGAGACAUUAAAAACACGCAGUGUCGGUGGUCCCCCGGGAAAGUGGUAGAGAAACACAGCUUUACUCUACUCUUAAUUCUAAACACAAUGCUUUUAAA